UUGAGUGGUAAUAAAGUUUAUUUUUUUUGUACAUAAAUACGGCUGGUUAUAAAAAAUGUUGAAAGAUUGUUAACAGUAACAAAUAAUCAUAUAAUGUUCUUUUUUUCAUACAUCUUCCCAACAUAUUAUAAAUGUGUAUUAUUUAAAAACCCUAUUUUAUUCGAUAAAUUUUAUUCAAUAUUUCCGAAAACAAUACAUCAAACUUUUAAGUAAAGAUGGAGGAUAUUGAGAUUGACAGAGGUCUUAGACGCAAAAAUAAAUCUUGUGAAGUAAUAUGCCCAGUAUGUGACGUUACUAUACUACCAGGUGAUAUAGAACAGCACUAUGAGCUGGAAGUUGAUCGUCUAAUUAAAAUACAAAUAAAUUCUAAAUUAAGAAAAACAUCACAUGUUCAUCUAAAUAAUCAAGAACCAAUAGCUGGAUGUUCUACAAAAUCUAAAGAAGAUACUUGUCUGUGUCCUUGGGUAUCUUUUCAAAAAAUUCGUAAUAAUAGGCAUUCACGAUUAAAAGUAAAAAAUAAAAAGCGUAAAUUUGGUGAUACCGUAUGCCCAGUGUGCAAUGAAUACCCAAAUGAAGACAUUAAUAUUCAUGUCGAAAAAUGUCUUAAGAAUGACAAUAAAAAUGAAAAUGAAAACAGGUCUGAUGACGAGGAGGAUAUUGAUAUAGAAUGUGAAAAUUUUGAGGAAUAUGAAUGGGCUGGCCAAAAAAGGGUAAGGGCAUCUAGUUUUUUAGAGGGUGGUUAUUCAGGAGCUGGAUCAUUUGUGAGAAAUACAAAGGAGGACACUUGUGACGAAGAAUUAAACGUUGAUGGGGACGAUACGCAGUUAUACGGACCACCACAAUAUCUAGAGAAACAUAUAAUCGUUCCAUUUGCGCAUGAAAAUGACAAAGAAUCUAAUGCCAACAUGUAUUUAAGACAAUUAGUUUGCGUUCAAGAAACUUCGUUGGAUCGUGUCAAAAAUGGUCAAGAGCAACACUAUGAGCUCAAUGAGAAUUUAACUCAAAUAGAAAAGGAAAAUAGAAAUAAUUUUUUAGACGGAAACAUUUGCGGAAAUAGUAUAAGUAUGAAUAACCGAGCUCAUGAGCAGGAUACUACUUUGCAAGCCGAAAGAAAUUCAGAAAAUGAAAAACGCAAUGUAAAUCAAAUUAUUGAAUCACUUAAAAUGAAAAUACGAGAGUACGAAAAUCAAACAACUACAAAAAACAAGUGCUUAAUUUGUAUGGAUGUUUAUUUUAAACCUGCUGUCUCUAUCUGUUGUUGGCAUGUUCAUUGUGAAACAUGUUGGCUCCGAACUUUGGGUGCCAGAAAACUUUGUCCCCAAUGUAAUAUGAUAACAUCCCCCACCGAUUUAAGAAGGAUAUACUUGUGAUGUAACUUUGUAACAAGAAAGAGACAUUAAAUUUUUUCAAUUGACUAGCAUUAAUAAAAUUGUGAUUUGACUAAAGGUGAAUGUUUUGAAACGAAUGUUUUAACUUUUCUAUUAACUAUUCUAAGCUUUUUAUAAAGUACUUUUACAUAUCUUUUCAUGUCCAUUUGAUACGAGUGGUAUAAACAUGAUUCGAUAAAUUAAAAUUUAUUUUAAAAAUAUACAAAUAGAAUCUCGGUUGAAUAUAAAUUUUGUAAUUCAUCAACAUUACUGCAGAAAUUUCUAAAUAUAUAUUAAAAGCAGUUUUUGAUCUACUUUACACUGCAAAAAUAUAUAUAUGUAUAUAUUUUUUUCUUUUUGUAUACGUGUUUAAAACUUUCUUAAAAGACAAUAGAAAACCUAGAAAAUUUAAGGCCGAAAUAAAAAGUAAAUUAGUUUCUCAUAAUAGAUAAUAUAUUUUUGUCUUUAAUUUGUA